AUCUGAUUGUGGGGAGCGAUGGGGAUUGCGGCGGCUAUUGGAGUGUUGUCACCAUUUCCGUUCUAUUACUGUCUGUGGAAUUGGCCACAGUCAUGGGUGGACCUCUGUGGGAAAGGGCGAGACCCAUGUAAGGUUAUGGCUUACGUUGCUCAUUUCUUGAAGCUUGUUCAGUUCAUCUCACUCUUUUCAGUCUCUUCACUCCAUUGGCCUCCUCCAUUCUACUUCUGGCCCCUUUUUGCCUUUGGCCAAUUCCUCAACUUCAGGGUUUAUCAGCUACUCGGUGAGGCUGGCACAUACUAUGGUGUACGCUUUGGAAACAAUAUUCCCUGGGUAACCGAAUUCCCUUUUGGGGUUAUCAAAGAUCCUCAGUACGUUGGCAGCAUUCUCAGUCUUCUUGCAUGCCUCUCAUGGGUUCCUUUUCAAUACAUUCUCCUGUGGGUUUUAGGAUAUGCGUUUAUGAUGCAUGUGGAAUCAAAAGAAGAUCCCUCUACUCGUGCCAAGCCACUCUAUUGAUUUAAUUCUUUGUAUGUUUUUGUUUCUUUCCUCUGCUCAAUGACAUUUCCAUUUAUAUGUUCUGAUUCCAUCUAAUGAAUGUUAACUGCUU